AUGGGUCAACCCGAUCUUGAAUCUCAAACCCCCAAAACUAUAGACGGGGCCACGAAAGAGAAGGAAGAGAAAGGCAGCAAAGUUGAAAAGGGUUACGGUCUUCCUUUGUGGCGGAAAUGUAUCAUCCUCUUCGUCGUCAGUUGGAUGACUCUUGCCGUUACCUUCUCGAGCACAUCUCUUCUUCCUGCAACCCCCGAGAUCGCCGAGGAGUUCAACACCACCACUGAGACCCUCAACAUCACCAAUGCCGGCGUUUUGCUGGCUAUGGGCUUCUCGUCGCUUAUCUGGGGUCCCUUGAAUAAUCUGAUUGGAAGAAGGCUCUCGUAUAACAUUGCGAUCUUCAUGCUCUGUGUGUGUUCGGCAGCGACGGGGGCUGCAGUAGACUUGAAGAUGUUUACGGCUUUUCGAGUGUUGAGCGGUUUGACGGGGACGUCAUUCAUGGUAUCGGGACAGACCAUUCUGGCGGACAUUUUUGAACCGGUUGUCCGUGGUACAGCCGUGGGAUUCUUUAUGGCUGGAUCUGUCUCCGGUCCUGCAAUUGGGCCCUGUAUCGGAGGCCUCAUCGUCACCUUCUCCAGCUGGCGCAAUAUCUACUGGCUCCAAGUCGGCAUGACAGGAUUCGGCCUGGUUCUAGCCAUUCUCUUCGUCCCCGAAAUCAAACAGGAAUCCAAAGAGGAACCCGAAGAAAAAGAGAAGAGGACAGUACUUUCCGCCCUACGCCUCUUCAAUCCCCUCCGAAUCUUCAGACAAUGGGUCUAUCCCAACGUCUUCUUCUCCGACCUAACCUGCGGUCUCCUCGCCACAUUCCAAUACUCGCUCCUCACAUCCGCCCGCUCAAUCUUCAAUCCCCGCUUCCACCUCACAACAGCACUCAUCUCCGGCCUCUUCUACCUCGCCCCAGGAGCUGGCUUCCUGAUCGGCAGCAUCAUCGGCGGCAAACUCUCCGACCGUACCGUCCGCAAGUACAUCGUCCGUCGCGGCUUCCGAUUGCCCCAGGAUCGCCUCAACUCCGGCCUCGUCACCCUGUUCGCCGUGCUACCCGUUUCGGCGCUGAUCUACGGCUGGACCCUGCAGGAGGAGAAGGGUGGUAUGGUCGUGCCGAUUUUGGCGGCGUUUUUUGCAGGUUGGGGGCUUAUGGGCAGUUUUAAUACUUUGAACACUUAUGUUGCUGAGGCUCUGCCGCAUAAGCGCUCCGAAGUCAUCGCUGGAAAGUAUAUCAUCCAGUAUAUCUUUUCGGCGGGGAGUAGUGCGCUUGUGGUGCCGAUUAUUAAUGCCAUUGGGGUUGGGUGGACUUUUACCAUUUGUGUGAUCUUUUCCAUCAUCGGUGGUCUGUUAACGAUGGCUACCGCGCGAUGGGGUCUGGAUAUGCAACAAUGGGUGGAGAGGAAGUUCCGCAUUCAUGAUAAACCAGGGUUUUGA